AAUAUGCUGAUGUCAGUGUCUUUAUUCUUGUUAAAAACUCAUGUUCACAUUUCCCAAAGCAUAAGGACACACUCAAAGAGAACUAAAGACAGGUGAAAAAGCAGGAACAAACAAGGAGCUUCUGUCUCAAAGCUUCCACCUACUUUCUACUUCAGGUAGUUGAAUCGGUUCGGUUCGGUUCGAAUCGGUUAGCGAUGAACAACACUGUUCCUGAAUGGAAUUUUGGGAGUGAUAAUACUUUUGUCACCAAUCAAAAGAAGCAAUCUAUGGGGCUUGAUCAUGAACUUGUGGAGCUUCUAUGGGAGAAUGGUCAAGUAGUGUUGCAUAGCCAAACAAAUAAGAAACCGAUGAAUUCGAGACAUGUUCAUAAGAAUCUUCAAUCAACAACAUUAAGCAACUUGAUUCAAGACGAUGAAACUGUUUCAUGGAUCCAACAAUACCCUAUUGAGGAUCCGAUUGGACAAGAAUUAUGUUCGAAUCUUUUAUCUGAACUUCCGCCUUGUCAUAUUGACUCUUACGAUUCACAGCCGACUAAUACGAAGCCGUCUUUUGUCGAGGAGUUCUCAAUUCCUAGGUUUCAUCAUCACGUUCCCGAUUCGUCGCAGAAAAACAAUGAUUUGUGUGGAUCGAACAAGGUCGUAAACUUUUCUCACUUUUCAAGACUUCCUAAUGUUUCUUUGGCAUGUAAUAACGGGGAUGGAGAAUUAAGAGACAAAGUUACGGGAAAUCUGUCGCAAUGUGAUGUUAGAGAGAACUCGGCGAUGACAGUUGGUUUGAGUCAUUGCGGUAGCAACCAAGUCCAACAAGAUCCGGAUGUAAGCAGAGUAUCAAGCGAUGGUAUUUGGACGAAUACUAUAUCGGCCGAGCCUCAUCGAGUCAAAGACAAUGUUCAGAGAACAACAGUUCCUUGUUAUGAGAAAGGGAAAUCGCCGACUUUUACUUCAUCUUCCGGUGGUUCGGGAAGUAGUCUUGGAAAAACAUGUUCCUUAUCUACAAGAAGUCAUGGAGAAAAGAGAAAAGCGAUAGAUGUCGAAGAUUCGGUGGAACAAAGCGAGGACACCGAACUUAAAUCAGCCUUGUCGAACAAGGUGUCUCAGAGGUCAGGGUCGGGUCGAAGGAAUCGGGCUGCCGAAGUGCAUAAUCUUUCAGAAAGGAGACGAAGAGAUAGGAUUAAUGAGAAGAUGAAAGCACUGCAACAACUCAUACCUCACAGUAGUAAGACAGACAAAGCAUCAAUGUUAGAAGAGGCAAUUGAAUACUUGAAAUCACUUCAGUUACAACUUCAGGUAAUGUGGAUGGGAUCGGGCAUGACACCAAUGAUGCAUCCUGGAUUUCAGCACUACAUGACACAAAUGGGCAUGGCAAUGCCUACACCUUCAUUUCCUCAGCUUCAAAAUCCGAUGCAAUUACCGAGAAUGCCUUUUGAUCCGUCCGUUUCGUCCACUCAGACACCAAAUCCGACCUUAAUGUGUCAAAAUCCUCUUUUAGGUGCCUUUAACUACCAAAACCAGAUGCAAAAUCCAGCUCUUUCAGAGCAAUACGCUCGUUACAUGAACUAUCAUCUCAUGCAAAACGCUUCUCAGCCGAUGAAUAUGUACCGAUAUGGUCCCCAAACUGUACAAAAUAGUCAAACAAUGAUUCCAACCAGCAAUAACUGUGGAUCAAUGAGUGGAGCAGCAAACAUUAAUGGUACUGUGAGUGGCAAAAUGGGUAGGCCAAUACAUAGCUCUCUAUUGUCAUAGCAUUAAACAGUUGUUUUCUGCGAAAAUUGUUCUUAUACUAAAUGCCAGAUAUAGACACAUCAUAAUAUGUAUUCAUACUAUUUUUGUCAUGGCAUCAAACAGUAAUUUUCUGCAUAAUUUGCUUUCAUUUGUGCUGUUAUUUUCAUAUUUGCAUGUCACAUGUAGAAACUUCAUUAAAAGUUGGGUUCGUAGUACUUUUUGUUCAUGUAGCGUACGAAAAGAAUCUAGUUUUAGUCUGUGCAAUUUUUUUAAAAUUUGAAAUUUCUCCUUUUUAAAUCCCCGACAUCAUAUUUUUUCGUCAAAAAAGGUGAAGGAAAUGAAGUUUUAGAAACAUAUUCUUAAAAUAAUUUUAGAGACUGAAACUAGAUUCCAUUCAUGUACCAUACGAAAAGAAUCUGGUUCUAGUCUCUGAUAAUUUUUUUAGAUUAUUUUGAAAUUUCAAAAUUCUCCUUUCUCGCUCAUCCCCCCCGCAUCAUCUCUUCGUCAAAAAAAGUUGAAAGAAUAAGAAAUUUUAGGAACGUAUUUUUAAAAUAAUUGUAGAGA